GUGUCUGUGUGCUCCCGGUAUUUAAGGGAUGGAUAGCUCUUUAUAUCAAUUGGAUAAGGAUGAUCAGUGUCUAUGAAACAAUAAAUCACAUCUAUCUGGUUGGGUCGGAUGCAGAUGAAACCAGAUUUCGUGUUUUGAAAAUUGACAGAGUACCGGUGCCUUUAGACGAAGAGUCUUCACUUUUAGAAUGUACCGGAAGUGGUCUGUGUACAGCCACAGUGGAAGCCGAGUCUCCAUUCGACAGACUUUGGCGUUUGCAUAUCGUGGAGGAUCCUUUCGUUUAUUCCCGGUCCGAGAUAGCACGUCUCUUACACACAAUUCAAGCAGCAAAUCGACUAUCUUCUCCGUUAAACGGUUCAAAGUCGGGUGAACAAAGCACUGAAUCGGUCGGUGAGGGCUUACCUCCAUCUCCACGCGAGCUUCAACAGGCGGCUGCAUCGGCUCUUCAUACGGGUACUGGUGAGCCUUCACUUAUUUUGUCUACAAAAUGUGACGGUCUUGUUGGAGUUAUACGAUUUCUUCGUGGUUAUUACCUGAUCCUGAUAACCAAAAGCCGUCUGAUUGCGAAAAUUGGGGAACAUAAAAUAUUUAAGGUGGAGGAUACCACCACAAUCUACAUUCCCGGUAACGAUUCCUCGGAGGUGUUCGUUAAUAUGACGAAUUCGCGAAGCCGGACGACAUCCAUGUCAAAAUUAGGUCAAGAUGACGGGAAUGGUGUACUGGCCCCACCCGGACCAUUCGACACAAACUCCGAAUGGACACAGUUUUGUGCGACAGCAUCAAAUCGCACUCGGAUCCUCGCAGAGGAGGCACGCUACUUGAAAUUGCUUAACAGCGUCGAUCUUGGCAGUAAUUUCUACUAUAGCCACACGUAUGAUCUUUCGCAUACGUUGCAGUACAAUCUGAAUUCGGUAUGUUGCAUCAGUUGGCAAUUUUUUCUCCAAAACAGCUUUUUCCAUUGA